UCCCCGGGCAUCUCCUGUUUCCUCUCCUCCUCCUGGGCCACUUUCACUUUCAGGCACCAUCGCAGCAACUUGCAUUGCAAGCAGCCCAGCCUUCCCUCCUUUGCUGCUGUUGCAUUCCUUCCUCCUGCUGCAUUGUUCUUCCCCUCUUGCACGCUUUCCCUGCUGACGCGUGUCUUCCCUUUCCCACGUGACGCGUGUCAGGCGGCUGGGGCGGCGGCAGCAGCGCGAUGGCCGGCCUGGAGCUGCUCUUCUCCUCGGUGUCGCCGGACCUUUCCUGCCCGCAGGACGCCUUGGUCUGCUACUUGCACUGGAAGCUCAUCAGCCAUGGCUACCGCUGCCUGGGGACAGGAGACCAGCCAGGUGCCAAUGAGCGGAAGUCGGAGAUGUUGCCUCCCGGGUGGAACGCAGACAAGGAGCUCUACACCAUGCGCUACCGGGCCAAGGACGACUCCCGCGACCUGCUCCUGAAGGGCAUCAUGGUGGACGGCAGCAUCAUCCUCAACGUCAUGGAGCCCAAAUCCCAGAAAGUGGCAGAUUUGACCCUGAAAGUGACCGACUACGUCAACCCGGGACACCUGGCUGAUUUUGACAAAGUCUACCAGAACACCGAGGAGCUGCAGGCGCGGAUUCUCCACCACAUCGUCUCCCCCUUUGAGACAGCGACCAAAGACCCCGUCAGCCCCAAGAAGGAGCCCAAGAGGGAGAGGAACCCCUCUCCUCCCAACCCUCCGGACCACGACCCGCUGUGGAUCCCACCCCGGCACCCCCACGGCAGCCGGCAGCCCAACUGGCAAGACCCCAUGGGACCAUUUGCUGUUGGAGGAGAAGACCUGGACCCUUUUGGGGGCCGAAGCGGGGGAAUGAUCUUCGAUCCGCUUCGAUCGGGAUAUCGGAAUCCUGGAAUAGAUCCAUCUUCCGGACUUCCAACUAGGCUGCCUCCUGGAUCCGUUCCCCCCGGUGCCCGAUUUGACCCCUUUGGGCCCCCAGGAGCCAACCGAAGCGGGCCUAAUCCGGACCACCUUCCGCCUCCCAACUACGACGACAUGUUCAUGUGAGAGAAGCCAGGCGCCUCCCUGCCACCGACUCUACUGUUUCC